AUGUCGUCAUUCCUGGGGACUUUCAACCAGAGUGCGGCCACCGAGAAUAACACAGAAUCCGUCUCGGUGGCUCGUGAAAUCAACAACCAUGACCCCGCUCGCAGUAUCACCAGCUCAAACACUGCUCUCGAACAGCAAGAGGAAGUGGGCAAUGAGGAUGUGAUCGAGGCUGAAGUGACUCGUCUUGCCCGUCGGCUGACUCGGGAAUCGACUCACUGGGCUGAUGGUGCCAACACCUUCAUCGAAGCGGAGAAGGAUUCAACUCUCGAUCCUCAUAGUCCCAAUUUCAGGGCACGCAACUGGAUGAAGAAUCUGCUCGCCGUCACAUCUCGUGACCCAGAACGCUACCCUGCUCGCCAAGCCGGUGUUGCGUUCCGUAAUCUCAGCGUUCACGGAUAUGGUAGCCCCACAGACUAUCAGAAGGAUGUGUUCAAUUCGGUCCUGCAAAUCGGUGCCCUGGCGCGCAUGGCCACGGGCACAGGCAAGCAGAAGAUUCAGAUUCUGCGCGACUUUGCCGGUGUUGUCAAAAGCGGCGAGAUGCUCGUAGUUCUCGGCCGUCCCGGAUCUGGCUGUUCAACCUUCUUGAAGACCCUCGCUGGUGAUAUGAAUGGCAUCUACAAAGACGAUCAGACCUACAUGAACUAUCAGGGUAUCUCCGAUAAGCAGAUGAGGAAUCAAUUCCGAGGCGAAGCAAUUUACACCGCCGAAACUGACGUCCACUUCCCCCAACUGACUGUCGGUGACACCCUCAAGUUCGCAGCCUUGGCUCGCGCCCCUCGCAACCGACUUCCUGGAGUCACUCGUGACCAGUAUGCUGAACACAUGCGAGACGUUGUCAUGGCGAUGCUUGGUCUGUCGCACACCAUCAACACUCGUGUUGGUAACGACUUCAUUCGUGGCGUGUCCGGUGGUGAACGUAAGCGUGUCUCUAUCGCUGAGGUUGCCCUUUGUGCUAGCCCUCUGCAGUGCUGGGACAACAGUACUCGUGGCUUGGAUAGUGCCAAUGCCCUGGAAUUCUGUAAGACUCUGGGUCUGAUGGCGAAGUACUCUGGUACCACUUGCGCGGUCGCUAUCUACCAAGCCUCUCAGAGUGCCUACGAUGUCUUCGACAAAGUCACCGUCCUCUACGAAGGUCGCCAGAUCUACUUUGGGCGCACCACCGACGCGAAAGAAUUCUUCACCAACAUGGGCUUCGAGUGCCCUGAGCGUCAGACCACGGCCGAUUUCCUCACCUCUCUGACCAGUCCGGCCGAGCGCAUCGUCAAGCCGGGCUUUGAGAACCUUGUCCCUCGCACUCCCGACGACUUCGCUGCUGCGUGGAAAAACAGCCAGGAAUACAAGGCGCUCAUGCGCGAGAUCGAAGAAUUUGACCAGGCCUAUCCUCUCGGAGGAGACUCGGUGCAGAAAUUCCUCGAUUCGCGUCGCGCCAUGCAGUCUAAGAACCAGCGCGUCAAGUCUCCUUACACCAUCUCCGUCUGGCAGCAAGUCAAGCUGUGUAUGAAUCGUGGCUUCCAGCGUCUCAAGGGAGACGCUAGUUUGACCCUCAGUCAAUUGAUUGGUAACUUCAUCAUGGCACUCAUCAUUGGCUCUGUCUUCUUCAACCUUCAAGAUACCACCGACAGUUUCUACUCCCGUGGUGCGCUCUUAUUCUUCGCUGUCCUUCUCAACGCUUUCUCUAGCGCCUUGGAGAUCUUGACUCUGUAUGCGCAACGCCCGAUUGUCGAAAAGCAGGCUCGCUAUGCUAUGUACCAUCCUUUCGCUGAAGCCAUUGCCUCGAUGCUUUGCGACAUGCCGUACAAGCUUCUGAACGCCGUGACCUUCAAUGUGACCCUCUACUUCAUGACAAAUUUGCGUCGCACCCCUGGCGCAUUUUUCACGUUCCUCUUAUUCUCCAUCUUCACCACCUUGACCAUGUCGAUGAUCUUCCGGACAAUCGCAGCCAGCUCUCGGACUCUCGCCCAGGCUCUCGUCCCCGCAGCCAUUCUGAUCUUAGGUCUCGUGAUCUACACCGGGUUCACCAUUCCGCCUCGCAACAUGCUCGGCUGGUCUCGAUGGAUGAAUUACAUUGAUCCGAUUGCAUAUGGUUUCGAAUCCUUGAUGGUCAAUGAGUUCCACAAUCGUUGGUUCGACUGUCUGCCCCGUUCAAUGAUUCCGACCGGUCCUGGCUACAUGGAUGUUCCUGCGGACAGCCGAAUCUGCUCUGCCAAGGGUGCCCGCGCUGGUUCUAGCCGAGUUUUUGGCAACGACUAUCUUGCCGAUAGUUUCCAAUAUUACAACAAGAACAAGUGGCGCAAUCUUGGUAUCAUGAUCGCGUUUAUGAUCUUCUUCAUGAUCACCUACUUGACUGCUACGGAGUACAUCUCCGAGUCAAAGUCAAAGGGUGAAGUCUUGCUUUUCCGUCGCGGUCAUGCCCCUAAGCGCUCUGCCGACGAGGGCGAUGUCGAGCGAAGUGCUGUUGCUGCUUCUGGCGAGAAAACCAACGAGGCCGGCAAGGAAGAGGUCUCUGCUGCUAUUCAGCGCCAAACCGCCAUUUUCCAGUGGAAAGAUGUCUGCUACGACAUCAAAAUCAAGAAUGAGGAGCGCCGAAUCCUCGAUCACGUUGAUGGCUGGGUCAAGCCUGGUACCUGUACCGCCCUCAUGGGUGUGUCUGGUGCUGGUAAGACCACCCUUUUGGAUGUGCUCGCUACUCGUGUCACGAUGGGCGUUGUGACUGGUGAGAUGCUCGUUGAUGGCCGUCCUCGUGACCAGUCUUUCCAGCGUAAAACUGGUUAUGUUCAACAGCAGGAUCUUCAUCUCUAUACCACGACUGUCCGCGAGGCUUUGCGCUUCAGUGCUAUCCUUCGGCAACCCGCCAAUGUGUCUCGGCAGGAGAAGCUGGAUUACGUCGAAGAGGUCAUCAAGUUGCUAGGCAUGGAAGCCUACGCCGACGCUAUCGUCGGUGUUCCUGGUGAAGGUUUGAACGUUGAGCAACGUAAGCGCCUAACCAUCGGCGUUGAACUUGCGGCGAAGCCACAGCUACUCCUGUUCCUUGACGAACCUACUUCUGGUCUUGACUCUCAAACUUCCUGGUCUAUUCUCGAUCUUAUCGAUACCUUGACCAAGCACGGUCAGGCCAUUCUAUGCACCAUUCAUCAACCCUCCGCCAUGCUCUUCCAGCGAUUUGAUCGUCUCUUGUUCCUCGCCCGAGGUGGUCGAACUGUUUACUUUGGCGAAAUUGGCGAGAAGUCGUCGACCCUCGCAAGCUACUUUGAACGCAACGGUGCCCCCAAAUUGCCCAUCGACGCAAAUCCCGCUGAAUGGAUGCUAGAGGUGAUCGGUGCUGCUCCUGGUUCUCAUACGGAUAUCGACUGGCCUGCUGUUUGGCGUGAAAGCCCUGAACGCAAGGCUGUCCAGGCUCAUCUCGACGAAAUGAAAGAAACUCUCUCGCAGAAGCCAGUCGAGGACUCCAGCACGAGCCCCGAGAACUACAAGGAAUUUGCCGCACCGUUCAGCGUCCAACUCUACGAGUGCAUGGUCCGCGUCUUCAGCCAGUAUUGGCGAACUCCGGUCUACAUCUACUCGAAAGCUGCUCUUUGCAUUCUCACGGCUCUCUACAUCGGUUUCUCCUUCUUCCAAGCCCAGAAUUCGCAACAAGGCCUUCAGAACCAGAUGUUCAGUAUCUUUAUGCUGAUGACCAUCUUUGGAAACUUGGUACAGCAGAUCAUGCCUCACUUCGUCACUCAACGCUCUCUGUAUGAAGUUCGCGAGCGUCCAUCCAAAACCUACUCUUGGCAGGCGUUUAUGACCUCCAACAUCUUGGUUGAGCUGCCGUGGAACACUUUGAUGGCUGUCUUCAUCUUUGUUUGCUGGUACUUCCCCAUCGGUCUGUACCGCAACGCCGAGGAGGCCGGGAAUCUGCAUGAGCGCGAGGGACUGAUGUUUUUGCUGAUCUGGUCUUUCCUUCUCUUCACCUCGACUUUUGCGCAUAUGAUGAUUGCGGGUAUCGACUUGGCCGAGACCGGCGGUAACUUGGCGAAUCUCCUCUUCUCCCUGUGCCUGGUCUUCUGCGGUGUCCUCGCCACGCCUGCCCAGAUGCCCAGAUUCUGGAUCUUCAUGUACCGCGUUUCUCCCUUUACCUAUCUGGUCUCCGCCAUGUUGUCGACUGGUGUCUCGGGCGCGACCGUCACCUGCGAGCGUGUCGAGUACCUUCACUUUGAUCCCCCCAGUGGCCAGACGUGCCUGCAGUACAUGGAGCCUUACAUCAAGCUUGCGGGCGGUUACCUCGAGAAGGAGAACGCCACGAGUGACUGCUCUUUCUGUACCAUCAAGUCCACCGACGUCUUCCUCGCCUCGGUGACCAGCUACUACAAGGAUGCCUGGCGCAAUUUUGGCAUCAUGUGGGUUUACAUCAUCGUCAACAUCUUCCUGGCGGUCGGCAUCUACUGGCUCGCUCGGGUGCCCAAGGGCAGCCGCAGCAAGAAAGAAAAGAAAGAAUAA